AUGACUGGUUUUGUUGCUGCAGUGGAUUCGAGUUCCUCAUUUGAUACGAGCUCCAAAUCUCAGAAGAGAGCGGGAACUCCACGCCAUGUGCCGCCCAGUCCCUCGCGAUUCUCUCUGUCAUCUGAAAUCAGCCCUGGGCCGUUUCAUGUGAAUGUCAACCAGAUUGCGAAGGCUACUCAUUACUUCUCGGAAUCGCACAAAAUCGGAGAAGGAGGAUUUGGAACUGUGUACAAAGCUGUCUUGCCAGAUGGACGAGUUGUCGCUGUUAAGAGAGCAAAGAAGGUGAUUUUCUCCGCACCCUUUUAUGCCUCGUAAACCUCCUCCACCCUUCUGUUCACCACCUGCGCAGUGCUGCUGCGGCGCGCCAUGUGAUUCAUGCAAGUCUUGAGUGCUCCCCGCAUCCUUUCUCAACUCUCUUAUGAACUGGUUUGAGAAAACCAGACAUUUUUCCCAUAUUAUCUGGCUGAUGAAUUUCCUUUUUAUGGGUUUCCAAGGCUCAAAUAAUUACCCUGUGGGGCGACAUUAUAUAUAGCUUAUAAUACUUCUUUUUAGGGUAGAAGGAAGGGAGUCAAACAGUAACAGUUGCAGGCUUGCUCUAGGAACAUUUCAAAACCUUACGUAUGCCAAUGGUAUCUCACUUGCAUGCAUGCAUGCAUGCAUGCAUUUCAUGGGCAUUUAGUCGUGUUACCCAUAGGGUGAAAAAUCAUCAACUUAGUGUUAAGCUGCACAUUAUCGAGCUCUCCGAAGCCACAGCCUGUCGGUCGAUGCCCCUGUCGAGGAGGUUUAGUGAAGUGAAGUGAGCUCAAGAGACCAGGGAGGCCGAUAUCAUGGUAGAGAAACUAAUCCCUGGAGAAACUUACUGGUGUGGGGCAUGUCACAGGAACAUUUUGCAUCCCUGCGGACGGAGUUUAGCAAUGAAGUCGAUCUUCUUGCGAAGAUUGAACAUCGGUCCUUGGUGAAGCUCGUCGAUUACAUUGACCAAGAGAAUGAAAAAAUCAUCAUCACUGAGUAUGUUCCAAAUGGGACCCUUCGGGAGCAUCUGGAUGGUGAGCUUCAGUCUCUGCGACCGAUUAUUUCGACGCACGCCGGAUCAUAACACGGUGAAGCUCUUCAUUUCUUGAUCUUGGCAGGGCAACACGGGAAGAUCUUGAGCUUCAGUGAACGAUUGGAGAUAGCCAUUGAUGUUGCGCACGGGUUAACGUACCUCCACUUAUAUGCAGGUGAGAAAGAUCGCCCCUUUUCCAUGAUAGAUACCUUCUGCUAGUUCCAUUGCAUUGGGAACCUGUACAUCUUUUCUUGGAUCCUCUCUCUCUUCGAAGGCUGAUCCUUCCUGCUCAUCGGCUGCUUUCUCCCGCAGAGAAGACGAUCAUUCACCGGGAUGUUAAGUCCUCCAACAUCCUUCUCACCGAAAACUUGAGGGCGAAGGUGGCUGACUUUGGGUUUGCAAGAACCAGCCCAACGGACAAUGACCAGACCCACAUCUCAACCAAGGUCAAGGGAACUGUUGGGUACCUUGACCCGGAGUAUUACCGGACGUAUCAGCUCACACCCAAGAGUGACGUCUUCUCCUAUGGCAUCUUGCUCCUGGAAAUCCUCUCGGGGAGGCGACCGGUGGAUGGCAAGAGGCCACCUUCUGAAAGGAUAACUGUUAAAUGGGUAAUAAGCUUGCUUCCAUCUUUGAAUUUUUAAUAGAGUUUCUCAGCUUUAACCUCAAAUUAAUAUCUAUAUAUAUAUUACAUCUCGGAUUCAUAUCUGGCAGAUAGUAGAGACGAACUCGCUCAUCUUUGUAGCAGAUUGUGGUUGGGAAUUUUCUACCGUUGUCAACUCCAUGUGAUAUAUUUCUCUGGUUUCUUUACAGCCAGAUGCUUGGCAUCUUUAGAAGCAUAUUUGGUUUUAGAACUUCUUGCUUUUACCCUGGAAUGGUUUCCAUUCCUGGGAAAAAUAAAAGCUUGUUCAUUACUUCUCGAUUGCUGCGGACUUUUGUCGCUCAUAUUUCUGACCUUUGCAAUCAGAUGGGUCAUUCGAUCUUCAUCAAAAUAAUCAUAUAUAGAUAUGUAUAUUGGUUUUUCAGUGAUUAGGAUGAUAACCAAAAUCAUGCUUUACCAUUUUUAUUUUAUUUUAAUUUUUUAAUUUUUCCAGGCCAUCAAGAUAUUCCGUGAGGGAAAUGUCCAAGAUAUAUUGGAUCCUCUGCUCUCUGAAACUUUGGACGGGGGGGUGCUGAGAAGGAUCCUCUCUCUAGCCUUCCGGUGCGCUGCCAACACCCGGGUCAACCGGCCUGCCAUGAAAGAGGUUGUGGAAGAGCUCUGGGAAAUAAGGAGAGCCUACACUCAGAGUCUCAACCAUGACUAG